ACUCCAAACAAAACAAUUCCCCUCUUGCUUUCCAACCAGCAACAUCGAUCCCUCCAAAUUUCAUUGCAGAAGAAGAAAGCAAGACCUAAUAUCUUUCUUCUUCUCGUCCUCCCAUGGCCUGUGACCACCAAAUUAAGGAUCUAACAAUUCAGUUCUCAAGCAUUGAUCAGUACUUAUUCUCUUCAUCAUAAUCACCAUUCAUCAUUGCCAUCAUGGAGUCCCACGAUCUUCGAUAUCCACCACCAAAAUAUGUCAUGCUCUCGGCCAACCAAGGCAACCUACGGCCACCUCCUUAUCGGCGUAAUGUUCCCCGGUAUGAGUCGAAAGCCUCAAGAGGAAGCUGUUGCUUUAGGUGCAUAUGUUGCUGCUAUUUCUGCCUCAUCUUUUUCACCAUCCUCUUCUUUGCCCUUACUUUCUUUCUCUACACCAUGUACAAGCCAAAAGUUCCAUCCUAUGCAGUUGAAGACUUCAAUGUCCACGCUUUCAACUUCCAAUCUGAUAUGAGCCUCUUCACAGAAUUUGUGGUGACCAUAAAGGCUGACAACCCUAAUGAAAACAUAGGCUUUGUGUAUGGAAAAAAUAGCCUCAUUCUCGUAUCCUACUCAGACUCAGAUCUUUGUUCUGGGAAACUUCCAGCUUUCUAUCAACCAAAAAAGAAUGUAACAGAGAUGAGCAUUUCUUUGCAAGGGACCAGUCCAUUUGGCUCAGGGCUGCAGGAAGCCCUUAUGGAAAACCGGCAUACGGGGAGGAUACCUUUACUUGUUAGGGUAAAGGCACCUGUUAGUAUUGUGCUCGGAAAGUUUCCAUUGAGAACGGUUGAUGUCUACGUAAAUUGCUCUUUAGUCAUUGAUAACUUGUCCCCGAAUAAGAAAGUCAGGAUUUUAUCAGCCCAGUACACAUAUGAUGUGGGGUUCAAUUUUUAUUGAAUUUUUUUACCUCAAUUCCUCAAAGUUUUUCAAUAAUACAGAUGCAGACCUAGCUAGAGGAAAUUAAAAUGGGAGCAUUAUUGGGCGGUAUUGGCCGCAGCUUCUUUUCUUGGGGUUUAAACUUUGAAGUAGUUCUUUCUAGCUACAUGUGUUCUUCAUAGAAUCAUGUUCUAUAUAUAGUUGCAUAUCAAGGAAAUAUAUAUGUGAUAAAUAGAGGUAUUUGCAGGUCUGGCUUUUGUGUAAUGUUAUGGGAUCUAAUUGGGAAUUGGAAAGAUCAUGUCCCAAACUGGCAAGGAAAAUCUGGUUUGUGGACAUGCCUUGAAUGCCAUAGAGAUAUUCAAUUUCAGCACUGCAAAAAAGGAAAAGGUCGUUGCCCUCGUUUAGUUGCUUACCCUUUACAUGCACAUGUAACUCACAAUUGCUCAAUUCAUCUUGGAUACUUAUUUUUAAUUC